AUGUCGCAAGGUCCUCGCUGCUUGAACGUAUCCAGGAUAUCCGCACUGCUCCUACGCAGUUGCUUCCUUUAUGCCACCGUUUUUGGAGUGAUUACCUUCAGGAUCGAGAGGAAGAAGGAGGACUCUCAAUUGGUGGCCAGGGAUCGCAAAGGUUACCGGUGGUUUUGUGUGAUUACUCGACUCCUGGCCAGCUUCUUUUAUGGCUACAGUUAUGAGGCCUGGGCAGGACAAUAUGCCACGGAAUGGUAUUUGCGUGCUUUCUUCGUCCUGCGGCUGUCAGGAUGCCUGAUCUGUAGUGUCAUUAUCCUGGUGAUGCAAGUGUGGUUUGCAGAGGACAUACUUGGCUUGAUCAACACUCAUCUGGAGCUCUUUCGACGCUUAAAGUCAUUGAGUAAAGGAGAAAGAAAUUCUGGAUUUGGAGGCAAUCAUGAGUUGGUUUUAUUGUCCUUUAAAGCCAUAUCCUUGCUCUUUGUUUUCCUGGCCUUUCGUGUGGAUUUAUCUUCCUGGAUUCUGCUGACUAUUGCAUGUGAUUUCUAUACCUCCAUUAGCACUGGCAUGAUUAUGCAUUUUUGCUUUAUUGGCUAUUUGAGUGUUGGUAUCCUUUACAAGGACUUGAAUAACUAUGUUGAUGGUCAAUUAAGAGUCCAAUUAGGCUCGGUUAGUGGUGAUCAGCCCAGUCGAGAAGCCGUUAAUAAUUUAGACAAGUGCUUGGUUCUUUAUGAGGAUAUCCAUCAGGUGGCCCGCCGUUUCCAGAGACUCUUCGAUUUGCCUUUAUUUCUUACCCUGGCCCAGAGUCUUUCGGCCAUGGCCAUGGUUUCUUACCAUGCCAUUUUGCGAAGACAGUAUAGCUUUAGUCUCUGGGGUUUGGUAAUAAAACUGCUCAUAGAUGUGGUGCUCUUAACCAUGUCAGUUCAUGCAGCCAUCAGUGGUUCAAGAUUGGUGAAGAGGCUGAGUUUGGAGAACUUUUAUGUGACUGAGAGCAAGAGUUAUCAUAUGAAGAUGGACCUUUUCCUGGGCCGCUUGAAUCACCAGGAGUUACGAGUUCGUCCUUUGGGCCUCUUUGAGGUCUCCAAUGAGCUGACCUUGUUCUUCCUCUCGGCCAUGGUCACCUAUUUGACCUUUUUGGUACAGUACGGCAUGCAGUCGCGACCAGUUUGA